UUAGCUAUUUAGGUGGACGUGUUGCUCCGGAAUGCAAGCCUCCGCAGGCCAAUGCCAGCAUAUCUUAUGGCUCAGAGCCAAAGUAUACGGAACACCAUCGAUCUAUGUUGGAACAAACGCCUGUAUCGGCUGCCAAACCAAUCCCGAGAGCACCAAAUAGUGCGGCACCAUCGACAAAGCAGCCGCUACAAUGGACAGCUGCAGUCUCCCGACAGAUUGCGUCCGACGUCGGUGCACCAAGAACACAGACACAUCUUUCCUCCGCCUCUAAUUCUCCCGCUUCUCCCAGUAAUCAGGUCCAGCAGGCUGGCAUCAUAGGUCUCCCGUUUGGGGGCGAUGAUAAACUGCGCCCACGGCGUGCAAAGCAAGCUGUACCGGAGACGCUCCUUCGAGACGUCCAGAGUGGAACCAGUCAAGCGCGAGACCAUGCUCCUGCCCCGAAACGUGGUUCAACCAGCGAGCCAUCAGUGCAUGGAUCCCCGCCUCACUUCCUCUCCGUUAGUUCAGGCACCUUAACCAUCGACGGGCAAUAUGGUAUGAAGAUCCUGAGCCGCACUUCCAAGCCCCUCUUUGGGGCUCAGUCACCACGCUCGGCUCAAGAGCUCGCCGACUCUUCGCUAUCCAGAGCGCAGCCUAACCCUCCCAGUUCGUCAGAACCUCUUCGUGAUGCCCACCUUCACCGUGACGAGGUGGAUAUCUGCUCUGGUCAUCUCCGUUCGGCGGAUCACCAAAUUGAGCGGGGCAAUAUUGUCCUUGGCGGUAAUUCCGGUCAGCCAGCGACCAGGUGGGCGGAAACAGCAGAGGUAUCGUUGCGUACUACACACAGCAAUCACGACAAACCGCGAAGACUCCUCACGGGCUUGGCGCAUGGUCUGGUCGAGGUAUCAAUGCGCGGGGCAGUCGAGCUAGUUACCUGGAAGCAGAGGAAGCGAUACGCUCUUUUGGAGCCUUCAGAGCGUAUGGGAGAUCUUGUGGACGACGCCUGCCUUCUGCGAACAGUUGAUGACAAGACCUAUGCCAUUCUUGCGCAUGCGCGAGAAAGCAGCCAGCUAUCGCUGCUACAAAUUCGUGAAGCCAAUGAGACAGUCCCACCCAUAUUUCUUGACAGGCCCCUGGACAAGACAUCAACCAAUGCCGGCGCAAGCGCAGUCUGUGCGAUGAUGCAGCCCGGCGCGUUUGCGACUGGCGGGUAUGAUCACCGCGUGCACUUCUGGGAGAUGCCUGCGGACGUUUCGAAGGCGACGCGCCGAGAGCUGCAGAUCAAGCACUCGUCGUGCGUGCAGGCGCUCUUACCCGUACGCGACGCCAACCACAAGCUGGUGACGGCAGGCGCAGACUGCCGCGUGAACAUAUAUGAGCUGGCUUCGGAGCGUGUGGUGAAUACGUUCAAGGUCUCGAACCCUGUCUACCAUUUGCACGACGCGAGCUUUCCGUACUGUGUGCUGCUGGAGGUGGCACAUCGAGAACUCCAGUUCGAGAUCCGCGACUACCGUUUGGUUCCUGAGAGGCCCGUGCAACGCUUUGGAUUCAAGACAGAGCACCUGCAGGGCAGGCACACCAAAGGCGACGUCAACAACUUCGUCUUCGCAUGCGGUGACCGUGAAGGAAACGUCUAUCUUUGGGACGUCCGAAAAUCAGACACACCUCUGGACAUUGUGAAUUACUUCCCCGGCCAUCGAGCCACUCAAGUCGCAUUCCGCGGGCAAGAGCUCGUAGCCUGUUCCGAUGAUUUCCAAGUCAAGUUUAUCAGUCGAGUUAACGAUUAUUAGCAUUGCACCACUUAGAAUUCUGAACAAUAGUAUGUACUGAUAUUUUCAAAUAAUUGCAGCUGUUUAGCGCGGCCUUGUGGGACUUCCUCUGCGUCGUUCUACACCACC